CCUAAACCCCACGCAGUCCAGUGUCUAAUGGAGGCGGCGGCGCGAUAUGAAAGACUGGACUUCGUGGCACGUGCGGUAUUAAAGCUUAUUAUGAAAUUCAGCGCACGUGCUUGGUUAGACGGAAACCGAGCCGCGUUACUGCUGGACGCGAAUCCCUGGUGCUUCACAGCAGCGCUGGUCUUCGGGUGAUUACGCUGCGCGAAGUAGGCGGAUUUUAGGACCCACGGCGGGUGGAUUCCUGUUCGAAUAAUAAAAGUUGUUGGGACCCGACGCGCGACAAAAGCAGCCGGACUGAAUCAGAAAGUGCUCGUGGGCCACCCCCGCCCUCCCCGCCGGUGCUGUUCCGAACCUCUCCGCUGCGGCGGUGCAGCAGCCAGACGAGCCGAGCGCAGCGAUCCCUCCGCCUGCUUCACUGAUACAUGUAAACAGACGCAGGGAAAGGGGGCGCGUGGGCUGUCGUGUCCUUGUUUUCCGGAAGAGAGGGUUUGAAGCAUGGGACGCAGCUCCUGUCAGGAGCCGAUCCUGCCGCACACCUAGAGCUCCGAAGCCCGUCGGAUCAUCUGCCGCCCCGCUUCAGCUGUGAGGAGAGGCGCGGAGCGGAGCAUCCUAACGGGACAUCCCUCCGGAUCCCCUCCGGUGGAGAGCUUCCAGGAUCCCGUUUGGAGGGGUUCAGCUGAGGACCACAGGCUGGCCCAGGUCACAUUGAUGCUGCUGGGUGCUCCUUGGUUCUCCUGCGCCACCAUCACACCCCUCUGGACGCCAUGGCGAUGAGCAGCGACCCGGGAUGCGAGAGGCUGGACCCCAACUCCUCCAAACAGACGAGCAGUCUGACCGACAUCAUGGCCGCCAUGACAACGAAAGACCCCGAAGGCUCGUCCGCCAACGGCGUGAAGAACGGAAAGGCUCAGCAGGAGGGCGUUCAAGGCAAGCGGGUCCAGGCGCUGCGACCUCACCUGUCCGGCAGGAAGCUGUCCCUUCAGGAGAGGGGCACCUACCUGUCAGCGGGGUCAGAGGGAGGUUACACGCACAUCUCCCCUCGAGGGGCUCGCAGGCCCACGGUGGAGUCGAAACGGGUGUCCAUCUCAGACUCUCAGGAUUGUAUCCAGCUGAACCAGUAUAAGCUGAAGAGUGAGAUUGGAAAGGGCUCCUAUGGCGUGGUCAAGCUCGCCUACAAUGAAGAUGACGACAAACAUUAUGCCAUGAAGGUGUUGUCCAAGAAGAGGUUAAUGAAGCAGUGUGGUUUUCCACGUCGCCCUCCCCCAAGAGGACCCAAGGCAGCCCAAGGAGAGCAGCCUAAAGUCUUAGGACCCUUGGAAAGGGUUUACCAAGAGAUUGCCAUUCUUAAAAAACUGGACCAUAUCAACAUUGUCAAGCUGGUGGAGGUGCUGGAUGAUCCGUCAGAGGACAACCUCUACAUGGUGUUUGAGCUGAUGCGUAAGGGUCCAGUGAUGGAGGUGCCAACAGAGACUCCUUUCUCAGAGGAGCAAGCGCGGCAGUACUUCAGAGACAUCGUCCUGGGCAUCGAGUACCUGCACUACCAGAAGAUCAUCCACCGGGACAUCAAGCCGUCCAACUUGUUACUGGGAGACGACGGCCAUGUGAAGAUCGCCGACUUCGGAGUGAGCAACCAGUUCGAGGGCAACGACGCUCUGCUGUCCAGCACUGCAGGGACUCCUGCUUUCAUGGCGCCGGAGACUCUGUCAGAGAAGUGCAAGAGCUUCAGUGGGAAAGCGCUGGACGUGUGGGCCAUGGGAAUCACCCUGUACUGCUUCGUGUUUGGGAAGUGUCCGUUUAUUGACGAGUACAUAUUGGCUUUGCACAAUAAGAUAAAGACCAGGCCUGUGGAUUUUCCUGAAACACCCAACAUCUGCGAAGAGCUGCGGACGUUAAUCUUGCGGAUGCUGGACAAGAACCCGGACACCAGGAUGACCAUUCCUGAGAUCAAGAUGGACCAGUGGGUGACCCAGGGAGGCACUGACCCUCUACCUUUGGAGGAGGAGCACUGCUCCAUGGUGGAGGUGACGGAGGAGGACAUCCAGAACUCUGUGAAGUUUGUCCCCAGCCUCUCCGCUGUGAUCUUGGUGAAAGCGAUGCUGAGGAAGCGCUCGUUCAGCAACCCCUUUGAAUGCCCGAGCAGGCGAGAGGAGAGAUCCAUGUCUGCACCUGGCAGCCUGCUCAUGGACUCGUGGCCCUUCAGGCCCUCUUUAAAACUGCACCCUUCACGCAGAAAGAGCAGCGCGGGGGACGGGCCCAGAGAAGGAGAGCUGGAGGACCUCCACGAAGACGAGCCUUUCUCUUGAGGCGCGACGGGAAGCCGAGCUUUCUGCUUUGAGCACUGUGCGCUCAUGCCUUCACCCAGCUCCAACCAGUGCCACAGUAAACCGUGUACAUAAACGGAUCUGUAAAUGUGAAAUAUGGCUCGCGGAUGCUAACGCUAAUUCGGCUUGAUUCUUAGAAAAUCCUUCCUUUUCUUUUGUUCUUUCUGGAUUUCUGAGCAGCUUACAGGUGACACACCACUUGGUUUGCACACUAAAGUAAAAAAAAAUAAAAUAAAAGGAAAUCUUCCUUUUUUAA